ACGGUCAAUUCCACUAAGAAGCCAACUAUUCUCUCUCGCUCUCGCUCUGUGUUUGUGUGUGUGUGUGUGUGUAACUAGCACUAUACUUUCUGGGUGUUGUUACUUUAAAACAAUGAAAACAUCAGUAAAAUAAAAGGGGGAAAUGCGUUAAAUGCAACGAAACCAAAGAUAAGUUAUCGUUAGCCAGCGCCGCUAACGAUAGCCUUCCUGUGAAGGGGCCGUCGCGCUAUUACGCGUUUAACGUUAAGUUGCUGAUUCUUAUCUCGGGAUAAAAAUAGCUUUCUAGCUAUUUAUCGGAUCAACCAGGUUUAUAGUCGUUUGACUGGAUGCCUUUAAAGCGGAUACGGGAGUCAAAGAUGGCUUAAAGGAACAUGCCAUUAGCUUGUUAGCGUUAGUUAGCUAGCAAACGUUAGGCUAACGCCAGUUCUGGCAGUUUAUCAGCCAACGGUACGUUUGUGAUGCGUUGGUUUAAAUGAGCUUAGCCUCUCCAUGUUUUUGACCUGUUCUGCAUUUUUAUCCCGGCUAAAAAAAAAAAAAAUAGGCUUAUUUCAGUCGCUAGUCUCACAAGCGUCCCAAUCCGCAUAUUCCAGCAAUAAAUACUGUGUAAACAGAUAGUGUAUCGCCAUUAGAAGUGUGUACCGUAGGGUAUUAGGUGAAGUAUGGAUGUGCGCGAAUUGGGACGCAGCCGUAGUAACCUUGUCGCUAGUUAGUUAAAUGUUGGCGUUGUUUCUCAUACAGACGUGUGUUUAUAGUAGCACUACCCUUCGUAUAGUGAGUGCACACGAUACAGAGAGUCGUUAUUCAAUGGUUAAGGUUCAUUUCCAGCGCUAAGCGACCUGUUUCGGUAUGAUUUCAGUGAAGAUGUUUAGCAGGUGAAGGUGCUGUGGUUGUAAUUGAAUCUGGCUGCUAGACUGUUUGAAAUGACUGCGUCUCGUUGCCUGGUGUCCAGAGACCUCGCAGAAAGACACGCCGGAGGAGAAGGGCGCUUUCUGAGAGGGGAUGAGAGGAGAGCAGGUGCUGCCCUCCUGGCUGCUGGCGUAGUGACGCGGUGAGCUCAGGAUGGCGCAGGCAGGGCCGCAGUUGGACUAUCACAUCCUCCAAGACCUCAAACAGCGCUUCCCUGAAAUCCCUGAGAACGUAGUGUCUCAGUGCCUUCUGCAGAACAACAAUAACCUGGACCUGUGCUGCCACCUGCUGGCUCAGGAGAGUAACAGAUACCUGUAUGAGGAGUACCACAGCCCGGAGGAGGUGCACUUAAGCCGGAACCACAUGCUGCACAUCAGCGUGGGUUACCCUCCGCCGGAGGGUGCCAAGGCCAGCACAGCAGGCGGACGACAGCUUGUGCACAGCUCUAGUGACGGCCACAUCGAGCCCCAGCGGGGCGCCUUCCCCGAACCCCACUCGGCCCCUGCCGCCAUGGCGCCGUCACCGGGAUACAACCCCUUUUUCAUGGGCGAUCAAGGACGCUCCGCUAGCACCCCUACCCCUCCGCCCACCAUGCAGGGCAUGUCCCCCACUUACACCCCUGUUCCCCAGCGCUACAUGACCCCCAUCACCGUCACGCUCUCACAGAACAUCCCUAACGUCCCUCAGGCGCUGCAGAUUCCGCCCGGCGCUUACGGUAACAGUGGAAAUGCCCUUUAUAUGCGGCCCUCUCCCUCACAGAGCCCCCAGCCCACUCCAUGGGCCACGUCUGCUGCUCCGGUGUACCAGCCCUCACCCUACACCACACCCACGUACCAGUCGCCCUACAGCUCACCACAGCACCAGGUCCAGCAGCCUCCACAUGUGUUUUUGCCUAUUAGCCCACCUACCCUAUCCAACAUGCCCUACCAGCAGGCCCCGCCUGUCUCCUACAGGCCCUACAUGACCUCCAAGGGCUCCAUGAAGAACCAGAUUGAGAUCACACUGGAGGGGAGGCCGCGGAGCAACUCCCCCGUACACGCCCCACAGGGAGCGCUCUACAUGGCCACAAGCACGUCCCCAAGCUCACCGUCCAGGGCAAUAAGCAUGACCGGUCCCCCGGCAUUCCACCCCGGUGUGUACCUGCACCAAGGGGCAGCACGGCCCCGGCCCGCCUCCUCACCCCAGGCAGCGAGCUCAGCCUACAUCAAGAUCAAAGUGUCACCCGGCCAGGCCCAGCGGUCACUCGAAUCGCCACCGGUGGAGACGGAGUCACUCCUCAACAUCGUGGACCAGGGCGAGAAUCACGGCACCCCAGCCCCCAUCCUGCCCAUCUCUGCGCUGCCCGGCAACGUCGCCAGCCAGAUCAGCCACAUGCCCAGGCGCUCCAGUUCGGGGUCGGACGAUUAUGCUUACACCCAAGCCUUGCUGCUGCACCAGCGGGCGCGGAUGGAGCGGCUGAUGAAGGAACUGUUGGUGGAGAAGCAGAAGCUGGAGCUGCUGAAGGCCGAGGUCAACGAUAUGGAGUACGACGCCCUGCAGAGACGCUUCAGACGCGUCAACAGCACGAGCUUCAUCCCACGGCCUGAAGAAAUGACCAGAAUGCGGUCGCAGAACAGACAGCUCCAGAUCGACAUCGAUUGUACCUUGAAGGAGACGGACCUGCUGCAGUCCAGAGGCAAGUUUGACCCAAAAGCCAUGAACAACUUUUAUGACAACAUUCAGCCUGGUCCAGUCGUGCCACCCAAACCAGGGAAAAGAGACGGAGGAGGGCGGAGCGUGAAGCCGUCGGUCGAAGCGCAGCGAGAUGAGGACUUCGAGGGCGCGCAGUGGAACUGUGACAGCUGCACUUUCCUCAACCACCCGGCUCUGAACCGCUGUGAACAGUGCGAGAUGCCUCGCUACACCUGAACCCGUCGCCCUGGCAACCAGCACGGUCCCGCCCAGCAUCACCCAGAUACCGCCUUGUCUUCUGAUCUGUGUUCCAUCAUUUACCUUCUGGGCUCUGCCUGCGCUCCCCCCCACCUUGACCCCACCCAGCAAUAACUGAGCCCAACCUUGCCCUGCUGAGGAAGAGCCGCCUCCCUAAAUGAAAUCUUAAAUCUCUGUCCAGUCAGGCCCCUCCCCCUCCGGACCCUCAAAGAAGCUCCAUGCACUUGUUUUAAUGUUUUUUUUUUUUUUUUUGUUUGUUUGUUUCCUACUGAAAAAUGAUGCUUUAUAAGAGGGAUGGAGAGGGAUGGAGAGGGAUGUCUCCAAGCAGGCGAGCUAAAGGGAGUGGUUGGCUGUGGAGCAGACUGAAAAAGGGUGCGUUUGUUUGUUUGUUUGUUUGUUUGUUGUUUUAUGAAGUGGGAGGAGGCUCUAGGACGUCAGGUAGGCGUGCCGCACCAAGCUACCAUUCCAAGCAUAAAGAGACGGCCAUGUUUACACGGAAAAAACGAGCCCGAGCCGACCGCACGCGCAGGGCUGCGCACCACCAGAUCGUGGACGAUGUAACCAUUUGAAGCCGGGGUCCGAUUAACGAUCUUAACGUAGACUUCACACUGUAUGCGCUCUCCGAGAGCUCCUCUUUCAAAUGAAGAACACUAAGAGACAUGCAUAUGAAUUAUAUCCUACUUACUUGGUACUUUUAUGCAUAUUAUGCCACACUGUAUUCUGUGUUUGUGUUGAUUUUCCUGUGCAAAUGCCUCAAGUUGCUGUACUUAAUAAAGGAGUUGAUUCUAUGUGGUGAUAA